UUCAGUUUUACUCUGGCGUCUGUCCCUCUCCCUAUUUAUUAAUAAAUAAUUACAAACAAUUUUCCUCUCCGUAUUAAUAAGUAUUAUCAUCAUCAUCAGCAUUAUCAUCAUAGGCUUAUAGUUCAUAGGGAUCUUCUUUUCCAGUUGUUAGAGUUUCUUGCCUUCUCCGCCAUCCCUCCCUCCUUUUCUCCUCCCCAGUAAUAUAUAUAUACACACACACAUACGUAUAUAACUGGGGAAUAUACUGGUUGUGUUGGUGUUUUGAUUCUUCAAGUGUGUUUGUAAUAAUAUAUAUAUAGUUUGGGUAUAUUGAUUGUGGGAAUUAAAACAGAGGAAUUAAUUUGAAUAUGAUGAAGAAGGAGAGUAGAGUGGUUUACCAGGCUGCAAAGGAAGUUGAUCUGAGUGCAGGGAGCUCCCAAACCUACUUGCGAGCCAAUGUCAAAGCUCCUCGUGUGGCUGGAUUUCUGGUCAAGGUGUUCGCAUGGUUUUUGGAGUCCCGGAUCUUUGGAACCUUGAUAUUGUACAUACUCAAAAGAGAUAACUUAAUUCAUAAGCUGAUCUCAAAUGCUGAGAUGGAGGAGGCACCUGUGUAUGUUCCCAUACAUCCAUUUGACGAUGAAGAAGAACAAGAUGUCAAACAUGUAGGGGCUGAUUUGUCUCCACCCGAACUAGUUCAGCAGGCAACGGAAUGUCUGCCUCAGUCCUUAGAAAAGAGUCAAAAGACAUUUAAUGGUUUAAACUCCUCUUUUCGUUCUUGGACAAUAUCGGAUUAUUCAAGAGCCUAUACCUCUGGAGAUGUAACUCCUCGAACGGUUGCGGAGCGCCUUAUAGCUGCCAUCCGUGAAUCUUAUACUCCAUCAUUUCAGAUGUCAUUUUUUAUCAACUAUGAUGCUGAAGAUAUUUUAAAGCAAGCAACUGAAUCCACUCUUCGGUAUGAACAAGGAGUGCCUAUUUCAGCUCUGGAUGGGGUACCAAUUGCAAUCAAGGAUGAAAUAGAUUGCUUACCGUAUCCCACUACAGGAGGUACAAAAUGGCUGCACAAACUAAGACCUUGCACAGAUGAUGCAUGCUGUGUUAAGUGCCUCAGACUAUGUGGUGCAAUAAUUGUUGGGAAAACCAAUAUGCAUGAACUUGGAGCUGGAACAAGUGGGAUAAAUCCCCACUACGGGGCGACCAGAAAUCCAUAUGAUCGCAGCAGGAUAGCUGGAGGCUCUUCUAGCGGAUCUGCUGCAGUGGUGGCUUCCGGAUUAUGCCCUGUUGCUCUUGGUGUUGAUGGAGGAGGAUCUGUACGGAUGCCUGCAUCUCUUUGUGGUGUUGUUGGUUUUAAACCCACCUUCGGGCGAGUACCUCAUUCGGGCGUUCUUCCUCUAAAUUGGACGGUUGGGAUGGUUGGAAUACUAGCAGGCACUAUUGAGGAUGCAUUUAUAGUCUAUGCAGCUAUUAGUGCGCGACUUCCGCCACAUCAACCUACUGUAUCACCCAAAUUAUAUUUUCCGCUGUUGAAUCCAACAAAGUCUAUAUCCGGUAUAAAAUUGGCAAAGUACGGAGAGUGGUUUAAUGAUUGCAGUGAUGAUAUCAGAGAAUGCUGUUCUAAUGCCCUGGACAGGCUUCACAAGCAAUACGGCUGGAAGACGGUAGAGGUGACCGUACCAGAGAUAGAGGUGAUGCGCCUGGCACAUUAUACAACAAUCGGAUCUGAGUGUACCGCUUCGCUUAGUAAUUCUCUUGAAAAUCUGGAUUACAAAGAGUUGGGAUGGGAUGUAAGGGUAGCGCUUGCGGUCUACGGUUCUUUCAGCAGUAAAGAGUAUAUAAAGGCUCAAAGAAUCAGGAACCGGCAGAUGCAGUUUCACAUGAAUAUAUUUGCUCAUGCAGAUGUGAUUGUUUCUCCGACAACAGGGGUAACUGCCUACUCGAUUUUCGAUGACGCUCUACAAACCGGCGAGCUUGACUACAUAAAUGGAGCUGCGCUUGUUCGAUACUCGAUAGCAGGAAACUUUCUGGGGCUACCGGCAGUGAGCGUUCCGGUUGGAUACGACCGAGCAGGGCUGCCAAUUGGUCUGCAGCUGAUAGGGAAGCCAUGGUCUGAGGCAACGCUUAUUCACAUAGCCUUUGCGCUGCAGGAACUGUAUGUCUCGGAGUACAGAAAGCCGGAAGUUUACUACGAUGUGCUAAACCAACAAAAAUAAUUAAGGUUUAUAAUCAAGGAAGAGUUGGCAGGUAAUUAGCAGCAGAUUGUUCAAUUUGUAAUGGUAAUUUACACACCAUUGACACCAAGACCGAAUCGUAUUGAUAAAUAGGUAGUGUUUGUGUGUUUAUGAUUAUGGAUUAAGUUAAUAAAAUGAGAAAUGUUCGUGUGUGUUUCGAAGAAAAA